AAAUAAAAAUGGUGUUUAAGUCAGAAAAGUCAAACCCAAAAUUGAAAUUCAAGGGGAAGCAAAGAAAAGGAUUAUGGUCACCGGAAGAAGAUGAGAAGCUUAGGAGUCAUGUGCUCAAAUAUGGCCAUGGAUGCUGGAGUACCAUUCCUAUUCAAGCUGGAUUGCAGCGGAACGGAAAAAGUUGUAGAUUAAGGUGGGUUAAUUAUUUAAGACCUGGACUUAAGAAGGGUUUAUUCACUAAAGAAGAGGAAACUACACUUCUCUCACUCCAUUCAAUCUUGGGUAACAAAUGGUCUCAGAUUUCGAAAUAUUUACCUGGAAGAACCGAUAAUGAGAUCAAAAACUAUUGGCAUUCUUAUCUAAAGAAGAGUGUAACUCCGACACAACAUGAAACCACAAGACCUCAAACACAUUCAAUCACAAACUCACUUAAGGCCAUGGAAAGUACAACCGGAAGAUCAUCUUCAUUAAUCAAUGUCGGAGAAUCAUUAAACGCUCGAGUACCAAGCUUUUCCCCAAGUCUCGUGUUCUCUGAAUGGUUAGAUCACAGUUUGGUUCUGGAUCAGUCACCUCAAAAAUGUAGUUAUGUUCAAGACCUUAUUGUACCGGAAGAGAAAGGCCUGCGUUUUUAUGAAAACAACAAUGCUUUGGAUGAUUUCAUACCAAAUUCAGAUUUUUUGUUGGAGAAUGAGAUAUUUGAGACUGAGUUCUGUAGUUCCUUUUCAAACAAUUUUUUGUUUGACGGUCUCACCAAUGAACAACGGUCAAUGUAA